UUCCCUGUGUAGACCAGACCAGAGGCCGAGUUUCAAUUCAGAGAGGCGAACCGGUGUUGUCGGGCGUCGUGCGCACACUGCGCACUGUAUAUUCUUCAAUAAUGCAUCGAGUCCGACGAGUCUCUGUCAGCAGACUCCAUAAAUACAGCACAAAACAUUUCUCUCUUAUUUUCUUUGUUUUUCUUUUUCGUUUUUUCUUAAAAUUAUUUUUCGAUGGUGUCGGAGCGUUGAAGAAAGAAAGAAAGAAAGGCAGGCAUUUUUUCUCAAGCAUUCAAGAUUUCGUACUGGGGAGGUCGUGUUCUAGAUAAUUUAUCUGUCUAUCCUUUCCGUGUUAAUGGGCAUUAUAAAGAUCAGAUGUUGGACACCAGAGAUGAGUGCCCAUUCAAAACGAAGUUCAACCUCCACAGCCGAUGAGCUCGAGCAAGGGGAAAGGAUUAUUUCGGGGUCCUACUUGGGCGAUGAUUCAGACAACUGUGAAUUCACAGAGGCAGGCUGCGAGUUUUGCAUGGUUGGAGAUCAGCUGUGCAGCAUUCCGUAUGAACUUUAUGAUCUACCUGACCUAAAGGAGAUACUAUCUUUAGAAACAUGGAAUUCAUGUCUAACGGAGGAAGAAAGGUUUUCACUUUCUGCUUAUCUUCCAGAUAUGGACCAGCAUAUGUUUUGGCUGACCAUGAAGGAGCUGCUCAGUGGCAAAAACAUGUUCUUCGGCAGUCCCUUGAUGGAACUCUUCAAGAGGUUGAAAGGUGGGUUAUAUCCACUGAAGGUGACACGUUUUAGAGAAGGUCUUCAGUUUCUACAAAGAAGGGCAUUUUAUCAUUCAGUGAGAUCAUACCAUGAGAACUUGGCCAGGACAUUCUCAGAAAUGAAGAGGGCAUGGAGAAAAUGCCAACCAAGCAUCGGUGUGGAGGAAAGGGUCCGCAUUUGGAAUACAUGGAAAAAUCACAAGGCCAAUGAUAUGGUUGAUCUUAAUGCACUUCCAACUGAGGAUGACACGUCAACUGACGACAGUGAAACAGUUGCUGGUCCUGUGGUGAAGAAGAUGAAAAUUCCUCCUGUUGUGAGCGGAAUGUCAUUGGUUCGUCCCAGUACCAAUGCAAAGGGGGUUCUGAAGAUAAAGCAAGGUGGGCUGAAUUAUAUGCAAACUGGCAUGGUGUGCAGGCCACCACCAAAGGGUGUGUUGAAAAUAAUUCCAAGAGGCCCUCUCACCCAACCGCAACUGCGAAGAGAAAUACCGACACGUCAGGAACUGACCACCUUAAGGGACAUCUCAGGUUUGCCACAACCCACGUGUAGAUCUCCUUUGCCACAAUCCAUGGUUCAAUGGGAUUCAGAGAACUACCAUGUAGAGGCACCAUUUCUGCAUCAGACUGUUGGAGGCAGAAAAGCUUACAGAAGUUCAGAACUACCUGAGUCUAUUGUAGGUCGACGUAAGGUGGAAUAUCUGAACAACACCACAGAACCGAGCAAAAAUUUCCAAAGCUCAAUCAGAAUGCUGAAACGAGUGAAGGAUCCAAUGUUUGAUACCAGCACCAAAGUAGAAGAACAUAACACGUUUCCUAAAAAUCCACAAAGCAUAAGGAGACAUACCCGUGAAAACAUUCAGAUUGGGAAGCAUCUGACCAGCGAAAAUCUUUGGCAGAACUUGGGCCCACAAAAUGUAAACUAUUACCAUCAUGAUUCAGGGGAACGACAGAUGACACCAAUGUAUGAAAAGCAAAUCCCCAUGCACUCAAGAACUACUGAAGUAAGUUCAGGGAUCUCUGACAUUGGCACUGGGGGCCACCAAAUGCUUCCUGCAGCAUCAUUGGAUCUAUCAACAGGGAGGCAUAGAGAUAGUAACGAUGAGUGCUUACAAAAGCCAUAUGAAAAAUCAGCUGCUUCGAAGGUGGGCCUACGAGAUGGUGCCAUGCUACCUAUAACAUACAAGCGACGGAAAGCUCAGACAAAACCUGAACCAGUCAGCGGCUUGGUGAAGCCGCUGACUGCAGGAGUCGAUUUUGAAUCGAGAACCCUGAAUGAAAAGAACCACCAUCUUGGCGAGAAUGCGAUGACUGUAAAGAUAAAGUUCAAGAACCGGAAAGACCGUACACCUCUACACAAUCAAGGUGUCUUAAAUUGGUUGCCACACAGCUCACCUUCGGGAUGAACAGACGUGGAUAAUCAUUGAUUGAACAUUUCGGCUGAGUGGUGUGACUCAGCAGGCUGCAUCAAAUUUUAAAAAGGAAAAGCUGCAUCUCUGUGAUGAGAAGUUAUAGCUCUUCUAGAUGGUCUUUUAUCACCAUUAAGGGCUCAGUUGGGUGGCCUACCCCUUCAUGGUUGGCAGGGUUUGCCUCUUAUUGCUAAGGGCCAGUGGAAGAAUUCUACUGGAAUUCAAGCUUUCUUUUCAAAGAGAUCUAUGUAUUCAGCUUGACAGACAGCACAGUCAACCGCAUCAUGAUUACAAGAGAACAGAGACAGGGUGUGCUUUUGGCUGUCAUAGAUGUAUCUACUCUUUUCUUUACCAUGACAAUCCCAUUCCUCUGUUGUGAUGACACCAGGAACGAUCUCAUCUGUAGGCAGGCACCAAUCUUGAUCAAUGUUUCCAUGUAUAUGUAAGUCAAUGUAUCUUGAUUUGAAUGAAAAAAAAAAAAAAAUCCUUUAUUAAAUAUGAGAAGGUGACUGAUUGCAGGUUGGUCAGGUCUUAGUAAGGCUCUUCAAUGAAGAAUUCAUGGCUUCACUUUCACACUCGGUCCAAAUUUCCUUGUUGAUUGAUGCCACUCUUGGCCAGGCUGCCUCUGGUUGGGUUUGGAUUUUGGGCCAUGCCCAACCCAAAUUUGGUCCACAGUUGGAUGGUCUGGUUUGCUUAUUGCAGGUAUGCCACAUAAUGGUGGACAUGUGCCAAAGCAUGAUCUGCUAAAGUAUUAUUUAACUCAUGACCACAUUACCUUCACAAGGAUGGAGACAGCAAAAAGGAUAUUGUAGGAUAGCGUUUAGAAAUGUUGGAGCAGUUGCUGAUAUUUAGGAGGGGAGGAUUGAUUCUCUGGACAUGCAAAGAGCUCUGAAACGCACUUAGGGUUCUCCAAUCAAUGCAUUGAUCAGAUCUUGCCUCCUGGAAGAGUGGUCUGGAGAUUCAUCUUACAAUUAUGAUUCCCCCAAUGCCACCUCCCUCAGGUGUUUUGCCAGCUCCAUAGUGAAGCAGAAGGUAGAGCUGAAGAGAUGAGAAAUUUGAAGCAGGCAGCAAGGCCUGUAAAGCAGAUUGUGGUCAAGAAGGCUGGGUCACAGGUGGAUAUAAGCAGAAGAGUAGCUUGUUGGGAAGGACGGUACAGCGGGGUGAUUCUGCAAAUGGACACCUCUUCCAAUCAUCAUGAGAUAAGACGAAAAAUCUUUUGCGGUUGGUUUUGGCAUGACUGAGGUGAACGGGAGCUCUGGCGUUGGUCUGUUCGAAGUAAAUAAACUUCAGAAGUUGCAGUAAAAAAGUAGGAGGAAAAUGGAUAUUGUCUACAUGGCUGCUUCAAACCUGUAGCAGGAAAAAAGAUGAUGAAGCCAAAUAGAGUUUGAGAUGAUUCACCUUCUGAGACGAAACUGGAUUUUAUGGAUCCUGUAGAUGAGAAAAGGGAUGAGAAAGUAGCAGUUGCUGAAGCAGCAGAUCAAGGUAUGAGCAUGAUGGAUAGAGAAGAAAUCAUAAGCAGUAAGAAAUGAGGCUGAUGGAGGUGAGGAUGGAGAAAACCAAGUCCAAUGGGAUGAAGGGAUGGUCUAUGUCAAUGCUCCGGAGUUAAAUAUAUUCCAUCCAUGGCCACUUUUUGCUGCCAAUUUUUAAUAUUUUUACCUUAAAAAAUUUACUUUUACCCUAUUUUUGAGUCGUUUCAUCUAGUACAUUCAUCCAUCAGAUAUGGAUUUUCUUUUCUCCAUCACAUUUUCUUAGCACUGUCAUUUAUUUAUUAUUUUAUGCAAACUAAAAUAUACCACGCAACAGCCAGAGGCCUAAGAGAGUCAA